AUACAGACGGCGCACCGCUGCUGGAGGCGAUGAGGAUAUGAUAUUAAGGUUUUUAUUCUAAGCAUAGUUUAUUCUCGAUAGUUUACUGGCGAGAGUGUAGAUGCAUUUUUUUCCUCUCUCUCUGUUUUCUUUCCUCUUUUCCCGGUUCUCUUACUCCUCUCAUUGGAGCGGUUUACAUGCGGGCUGUCAUUCAGAAAUACUACAGAUACAUUUUGAGCGCUCAUGUGUUUGACCGUGCUCAUGAAUUCAGUUUUCUGCGUUUAGUCGCAUGAUUGUCGCUUUACUUUGUCCAAGUAGACUUAAUACAAGUUGGUAUUUCAGUCACAAACACGUGUCUGCACAAUCAAGUUAUUGUAGUCUUCCAGUCAUUGGACUUAAGGUGAAUAACUUUUUUUGCGGAAUAACGGCGUGGUGCCCCCCCCCGGCGGGUAACAUACUGAGGAUACCGCAACACGGCUGAGAACAGAACAAGCAAAUCUUCCUCAUAAAAAUACAAAAAUGGGGCUUUUCCGGGUCUGUCUGUUGUUGGAGAUGGUCCUUAUUUCCACCGCUGUCAGGGGUCCCCCCAGGGUGUCAGAGCGGGUGAACCAUCGGCAGAGCGCACGUCUGGGUCGCACGGUUAAGCUGGCCUGCCCUGUGGAGGGUGACCCCCCUCCCCUCAUCAUGUGGACCAAAGAUGGCCGCAACAUCCACAGGGGCUGGACACGGUUCAGGGUGUCACAGCACGCUCUGCGUAUUAAGGAGGUGGAGAUGGACGAUGCAGGAACUUACAUCUGUAAGGCCACCAAUGGGUUUGGCAGCGUAAAUGUCAACUACACACUUAUUGUGAUAGAUGAUUCCAGUUCAAGAAAUGGAGCAGGACCAGCCCACAGCGAUUCUGAACAUGCCCCAGAGCUUGCCGGGAAACUGGUUCGUCCACGUUUCACUCAGCCAGCAAAGAUGAGGAAACGCGUCAUCGCGCGCCCAGUAGGCAGCUCUGUGCGCCUGAAGUGCACGGCGAGCGGUAAUCCUCGCCCUGACAUUGUCUGGUUGAAGGACAACAGGCCGCUGGUAGACGAGGAAAGUGGAGCAAGAGGGGAAGGGAAGAAGAAGAGAUGGACUCUGAGUCUGAAGAAUCUGACGCCGGAGCACAGCGGGAAGUACACCUGCCACGUCUCCAACAGAGCGGGAGAGAUCAACGCCACCUACAAAGUGGAAGUCAUACAACGUACCAACUCUAAACCCAUCCUGACAGGUACUCACCCUGUCAACACCACCGUGGAUUAUGGGGGAACCACAUCUUUUCAGUGUAAAGUCCGCAGUGACGUCAAGCCAGUUAUCCAGUGGCUUAAAAGAGUCGAACCUGGUGACGAAAACAAAUUUAACUCCACCAUAGAGGUUGGAGACUAUCACUUUGUGGUCCUGCCUCCAGGAGACGUUUGGUCACGCCCUGAUGGAUCAUACCUCAACAAGCUUCUGAUAACCAGAGCCAAGGAGGAAGAUGCCGGCAUGUAUAUCUGCAUGGGAGCCAACACUAUGGGCUACAGCUUCAGGAGUGCCUACCUCACUGUGCUUCCAGAUCGGAAGCCUCCCCCCAACUCAGUUCCUUUACCGUUAUCUCCAAGUCUCCCCUGGCCCGUGAUUAUCGGAGUACCAGCAUGCAUCGCCUUCAUCCUAGGCGCUGCCCUUCUCUGGUUCUGCCAGUUAAAACGCACCUGCUCCUCUUCUUCUUCUUCAUCGUCUUCUGCUCUCCCUUCUGCUCAGCGUCUGCCCGUGGCCAGUCGUGACCGAACCUGCCCAACGGUCUCUCCUCAGCCAGCCAGCGGGGAUAAAGACUGUCUGUCGUACGAGGACUACGUCGCCCACCAGCAGCUCCUCCUGGCUCAGGGAGGCAGCGGAUUGGCUCCCAAAAUCUACCCAAAGAUCUACACAGACAUACAUACACACACACAUUCACAUGUGGAUGGGAAAGUGCAUCAGCAUCAGCACAUUCAUUACCAGUGUUAGCAGUGAGGUUAGUAGGAAGCUUUGGUGUUUCACGUUCGGCUCUUAAAUCCAGCCAUCGAAAUCCACACUAACUGCUGGUGUGCAGAGCAAAGGACAAGGAGAGCACAUGCAAAAGACUGGAAUUAUACAACUCUGCUGCAGCCACACUUUGUGCAUGAACAGACUUAAGAAAAGAACAAUGAAGAAUGUAAAGAAAUAUGGUUUUUAUUUUUAAUCAACCUGGCAUUCAGUUCAUUCUGUGAGGGGAAAAAAACCCUAAAUCUGUUUCAUUCAAACUUUUUAUGAUGUCACUUUUUUUGCUCAAAGGUCCUAUUUGAAGACACAAUUAAGUGAGCAGUUUAAAGGUAACUUAAACCAACAUUAUAUGUCGUUAUCAUAACCACACAGCCUCCUCAGUCACAUUACAAAAACGUUCUCUUUUACUACAGGAUUUCAAAUAUAGCUACUUGUGUAUAUAAAUGAUUAUGUGGUAUUUAGCAGGCUAUUUCCUGUUAAUCUAUAAAGAGCAGUGUAGCUCGUGUGUAAUGUAAUAGCUUAAUUUCAGAGCGUAUCUCAGGCGUCAGCCCAACUGAGCCACGAAAAACACAAAUCAAGGCAAACUCGACUAUAUCCUCAACCCCAGCAUGGAUUAGGGCUGCUUUUGUUUUCUUCUUCCAGGCUGACAGCCGCUCCGCUGAAUCGCCAGCUGCUAUCUGGAUGCUUUGCAAGUUGCAGUUUUUAUCUUGUUCAUUAGACUUUAGAUUUGAUUCAAGGCGGUGAAGGGUCAGAAAACCGAUUGCAGUAAUCAUUCGAUCUCUUCCUGAUCUCUUCUGUCACUGAAAAUCCCUUUACUGCUUUGCAUCGUCACCUUUUUGCCUCAUUUCAUUUGAUUUUUUUCUGAUUUUGCAAAGGUCGCCAUACUGUACCCGCAUAGUGCAUCUACACAGGUGCUUUUUGGGGGGUUGAUAAAGUCUAACCCAAUCAACGUGAAAAGGAAAUAGUCUGAGUUUGAGUUGUAACCUUUCUUCCACUUUUAAGUUUGAAUGAGUCAGACCUUUUUCAUUCCUAUUAAAACACGCUUUGUAGGCUUAGCUAUGUUCUUAUAUUACUUAUCUUUGAAUUAUCCUGGGCAGAGGCCUAAUUGGGUAGAUUAACUGAAAACACCUGGCAAAGGGUUCAACCACCUUCACUAAAGCAGUCUCAGCAAUCAGACGCGAGUCAAAGGAUGACAUUUAUCUGAAUGUCUUUUUUUACCUCGGUGCUCCUGGUAGGUGUAGGGAUGUUCACCUGCCCCCACCAGAAAUAAAAACUUUUACCCUGAACACAACAUCAAAGAAAAGCAGCUGCAGCAAACAUUAACGCACAGCAAGUUUCAGCAGACUCUCUUUUGCUUUUUUCCUCAGGUAUCCAUCUCUGCGUCUGCUCGUGAAUCUGACCACUUCAUAAAACUGUGUAAACCGAUACGCUAAGAUAAGAUUUAGGUUUCAGGUGUUUUACAUUAUGGUGCUCGCUGAGAGGCACGUUCAGCCAUGUGUCGGGUUGAAACAGUGGGGGGACUCUGUCCAGAAGAGCAUAAACAUAAAAAAAGAAGGGUAGAAGUUUCAUGUGGAAUAUGAAUCAGACUCUAUGCUUGCCACGCCAGUUUGCAUUUCUCUCUGCAAUGCUUCCUUAGGGCUUAAAAAAAUACAACAGCGAGAACUUUACAAGGAAAUGAUAUAUCGCAAUCAUCUGGUAACUUUAAUGCUUGUUCUUCAAUUUAUUUUUGCACAUAAAUCUUUAAUCUCAAGAAUGACAAUGUACAAAUAUAUUUUUAUAGAGAUACUUUACUCCUGUGUAUAUUUUUAUAUUACUCACUGGUAUGCCUGGCUUUGUUACCAAGAACUAGUUGCCUGCAGUGCUUUGAGUGAACGCAUGUAGAACCAACUGCUGGUUAAGCCUCCGGUUGCUUGCUUUUUUCAUUUUAAGUCACCUGCAGAAAAGAAGUUCAGUACAUUUGAUACUGUUAUCUACAGAGUAAUUGUACUUUUACAUUACAUACAUCAGACUGCCUGCAUAUCUCAAGCAUGCAACACCACACCCUGCAUCAUUCUUGCAGUAAGGUCACUCUCUUAUUUACAGACUUAAAGACUUUUUGUACAUUUCAAAAGGGAGUUCAUUUAAAUGCCUCUUUGACAGAAAACAUCAUUUGAAAGAUCUCACUUCCCCACUCGUGAGAAAUCUUCCAUUUUUCCCUUUUACGCUCACCCUGAAAUGUGUGAACUUUACUCUUUUUCUUCUUGUAUUGGAACAGUUACCUUUCAUUCUGUCACUGUUACUUGUUAUAUGCAUCAAAGCUAAUCAACUGCCAACAGACCGACUGUGUAUAUGUGCACUCACCACUAGUAUGUACAUGGAAUGACAUUAGUGUUGAAAUAAUAGACAAUGUUAGUCGAUUUAGUGGUUUGGACCAUACAGAAGCUCUUGCAGCACAUUGGCCCACGAAACGCUGUAAAUGCUAAAGAUAGAAAAAGAAAGUGUGCUUCUAAUUUAUUUUAUUUUUGACAUUUUUUUUAUUAUUAUUUUUAUUUUCGUAUAAUUGGGCAUUAUACUGCAUGAAUUGAUUCUGUGUUCUAGUCAUAAUGUAAGCUAUGUAGCAAAUACCACUUUGAUGUCCUUGUAAGAUACUGUAUUUAUACAUGCUGACAAAAUAUACAAAAUUUUAUUGAUAAUCUUUAUAUUGACAAUGUUGUACAGUCUAUUGUCAUUUAGUUUUAAAAUGAUUUCCUCCUAUUGUAAUCGUGUUAUUGGUGCCAUUAAAAAAAAGUAAAAUCUG